GGAGCGGAACAGCUGAUUUGAGAGAAUGAUUCGGAUUUUUGUCUUUGGUUUUUCAGAGACACCAUCCGUUUUUCUCACACGUUUUUUUUUAUUUUAAAUAUUUUUUUAAAACUAUCUUUCAAUUUGUUGUUUAGAAAAUUCAUGGAAAUCGCACUUUGUCACGAAAAUAAAAUCGUUGAACGAAUCGUCACUCUUUUGCAAUAAAAAAGUACUCCAUUAUGUUUCAGAUACAACCGAUGUUUAUCGAGUUAUGAUUUUAUAAACAAUUGUUUAUUCCGAGACACUUCCAAUUUUGUAUGUUGUAUAAUUCUUGAACAAAUUAAUGAUUUCCGGAACUCGACGAAAUCGAACAAAUGCUAAAGGAAUGCGGAAUGUAUCCAACUUCAGGCAGUCGCAAUCAAGAUAAUCUGAUCGAUAUUGACAUGUCUGAGGAUAUUGGAAAUUUCACGGAAGACCUGGUGCAAGCGGCGAUGUCAAACGCGAUGGAUUUUUCCGGGCAAAAUACAACGUCAUCAGAUCGGACGAGCGAGCCAGAUCUCAAGCCCCUGUCAAAUAUUCUCCGGGAAGUUGCCCAAUUAGCGGAGAGUCUUCAGCGAGGCAUGGAGAACGUGCAGAUCGGGGAUUACAAAGUCUCCUUAACCAGCGUGUCACCCCUCGAGUUUCAGCUGAAGCGCGCCAUCAGCAAUCUCGAGGUAUCGUCCACGGAUAAGCCCCUCAAGAUAAUAAUCACGGGUGAGGGUGACUUCGAGGUGAGGGAGGACACCCUCAUUGCCCUGGAGAAGAACCCAGGGCCGAGCCAGAUUUCCUCAGAUCCCAGCAUCCCGCCAAUUUCAGCGUCCAGCGAUCCCAGCGCCACGACGCCAGACAAUUCCAACCUCAACUCCAAGAAGAUGACUUUCGCUCGAAGACUCAGGCGACUCUUUCGAAUCGGCUCGAAACACCCGUAGAAUCCCGAUAUUCUUGGAAAUUCCGAUUUAUUUAUUUAUUGUUUUAUUUUAUUUUCGAAAUUCCUGAGAAAACCAGAUUACCAUGAAUAAACAACAUCACAGGGAAAUUGGAAUACUCGUUUUCUGUGCAGCUUGGCACCGUUGUACCACCACUCUCUUAUCUCCUAAAAAUACAUUUUUCUUUCUGAAUCGGGCUAGAGCCGGAAUCGGUCUCAGCACUAAUGCUAUCUGAAAUAGAUUUACUACGUCCGGAUGAUUUCGGAGGAAUACGAUGCUGGUGCAGUUGAAAAAUUAUAUUUCAU